ACUGGCUGGUUCCCUAAAGGUUCCUGAACGCUCCAUUCUUCCUUUCCCACGGGGUGCUUGGUCCUGAAAGCAGCCUGUCAUGUCGGACUUCGAGCUUGAGGAUCUCCGGAGCACCUUCCCCUCUUACAUGGCGGAGGGAGAGCGGCUAUACUUAUGCGGGGAAUAUCAAAAGGCGGCUCUGAGCUUCACCAAAGCUCUUCGCCUUCAGGAGGGUGACCGAAACUGCCUGGUUGCUCGGUCUAAGUGCUAUCUGAAGUUAGGAGAUUUGGAGAAUUCCCUGAAAGAUGUUGAGGAAUCUCUCAAAAACGACCAAACUUUCUGCAAGGGAAUUUUCCAAAAGGCUGAAACCCUGUAUACUAUGGGAGACUUUGAGUUUGCUUUGGUGUACUAUCACAGAGGCUACAAGCUGCGGCCUGAGCGGGAAUUCAAAGUCGGGAUUCAGAAAGCUCAGGAAGCCAUUAACAACUCAGUAGGAAGUCCUUCUUCGGUUAAGUUGAAGAACAAAGGGGACCUCUUCUUCUUAAGCAAGCAGGCAGAGAGUAUGAAAGCCCAACAGAAGACUCCCGUGAGGCAACUCUGGAAGGACACCAAGGCAGAAAGUAAACGGAAGAACUCAUUGAAGAGCGAGAAGACUGUUCGACAGCUACUAGGAGAGCUUUAUGUGGACAAGGAAUAUCUGGAAAAGCUCCUUAAGGAUGAAGACCUGAUCAAAGGCACUAUCAAGCGUGGAAUGACUGUGGAAGAUUUGAUCAUGACUGGCAUCAAUUACCUAGAUACCCGGACUGACUUCUGGAGGCAGCAGAAGCCAAUCUAUGCUCGGGAGCGAGACCGGAAGCUUAUGCAAGAGAAGUGGGUGCGAGAUCGGAAGCUCCGCCCCUCCGAGACUGCCCGCUAUAUUCUCAAGAGCCUGGAGGAAAUUGACAUGUUACUCACUAGUGGCAGUGCUGAGGGGAGCUGCCAGAAAGUUGAGAAAGUGCUGAAGAAGGUGAUGGAGUGGGACAAGGAAAAAGUGCCCAACAAAGAUGAACUGCUUGGCAAUUUGUACAGCUGCAUUGGGAAUGCGCAGAUUGAAAUGGGGCACAUGGCAGCUGCAUUGCAAAGCCACCGGAAGGACUUGGAGAUUGCCCGGGAUUACGAACUGCCUGAUGCCAAAUCUCGAGCCCUGGAUAACAUUGGCAGGGUCUUUGCAAGAGUUGGGAAAUUCCAGCAAGCCAUCGACACGUGGGAGGAGAAGAUCCCUCUAGCAAAAACCAGCCUGGAGAAGACCUGGCUGUUCCAUGAGAUCGGCCGCUGCUACCUGGAACUCAACCGGCCUUGGGAAGCUCAGGAGUAUGGGGAGAAGUCUCAGGCAUGCGCUGAAGAGGAGGGUGAUGUUGAGUGGCAACUCAAUGCAAGUGUUCUGGUGGCCCAGGCACAAGUUAAGUUGAAAGACUACGAGGCUGCCGUGAGCAACUUUGAGAAAGCCUUGGAGAGGGCAAAGCUUGUUCACAACGAUGAGGCCCAGAAUGCCAUCAUCAGUGCUUUGGAUGACGCCAAUAAGGGCAUCAUUGAAGAACUGAGAGCGACUCGAGGCUCUGACAGUGGCAAAGACAAGAAAGACAAAGAUGAAAUAUAUGAGGAUCCUGAGGUUGGAAAAAAUGAGAAAAAAGAAAAGGGGGACAUGGAUGACUCAGACACAGAGAGGGGUGGGAAAGAAGGAAAGAAGGUAAAAAUAAAAGAUGAUAUAAAAAGAGAGAAUGAGGACCAGAGUGGGAAAAAUCAAGGGAUGAAGAGGGAGGAAAUUGAACCAGAGGAGGAGGAAGAGGAAGAAGAGGAGGAGGAAGAGAGGGAAGAAGAAACAGAAGGUGAAAAUGCUGAAUAAGAUGAGUAGGAUGCACUCCAUUUCUGAGUGUUGGGGCUUGGAAGGAAACAUUCUGGAUCCUAGGGACUCACUUCUAAAUGGAUUGUAACUUAAAGAUGAGCAUUUUAAAGGAAAAGGAGGAUUAUGUGAAGCUGAGGACUGCUUUCCACAGGCUAAACUCUUCUGCCUUUCAUUUAUUACUCUUCAAAUACAUAUUUU